AACCCGUUACGUAUAGUUUGUGCCGCAUUGCACAGUUUAAGCUAGAAACGUCAGCACUUUAAAUAGAAGUGUUUUAAGAGAAGUAGGAAAGGCACUGGGUAUUUAAAGUCUACACGCAUUUCUUACUUACUGAGGAUUAUUGUUUAUAUUUAUAAUAAAACGUGAAAAAUGUCUGACCCUGUUUUAAAUCCCCAAAUUCCUUAUGUGGGUGCGGUGGAGGGUGGUCUAGUACCUGGUAAAAUGGUAAAAGUCCAAGGAAAAGUUCCUGCGGAUGCUGUAAGGUUUGCCGUUAACUAUCAGUUGGGACCUACGUUAAAUCCAAGAGACGAUAUAGCUAUCCAUAUUUCACCACGUUUCCCAGAGGGAUUUAUAACUAGAAAUCAUAUUAGUUCAAUGGCUUGGGGACCAGAGGAAAAUGAAGGCCCAAUGUGGAUUCAACCUGGACAAGAAUUUGAAAUAUUUAUUUUAUGUGAUCAUACAUGUUAUAAAAUUGCUAUAAAUGGCAGACACUUUACAGAAUUUAAUCAUCGAUUACCAUACCAAAAAGUUACACAUUUGGUUAUUGAUGGUGAUGUAGAAGUAAAUUCUAUUGCAUAUGAGAAUGUUACUCUUGGUCCUCCGCCUUCUCCUAAUGCAAUGGUUCCGCCAGAUGUGCCUCCUGUUAAUGUUGGGCCUCCAGGAGCAGGUGGAUUGUAUCCAACAUUAGGUCCACAAAUGCCACCAGGUGGAUAUGGUCCACCACCUCCAGCUGGUUAUGGACCUCCCCCUACUACAUUUGGAGGUCCUGGUUAUAACCCUCCUCAAAGUUAUGGCUAUCAGCCUGGAUAUGAAAAGCCUGAAGAAGCGGAUGCAUUUAGUGGUUGUUUGGAUAAAGUCGGUCUAGCAAUAGGAGGAUUAGUUGCAGCAGGAGGCAUAGCAGCUGCUGCACAUGCUAUGAAUAAAAAGAAAGAUGAAGGUGAAAAGGAUCAUGAAAAAUCAGAUGCUUCUAAAUUAAAUGCAGAAAAUGAAGGAAGUGGUUUAGGAAAUCUUGGAUCUCUUGGGGCAGCUUUAGCAAGUAGUUUAAUGACUAAUGCAUUACAAAGUAAUACACACGCACAACAAGGAUAUCCCCCCCAAGAAUCGUCUGGUGGCGUCUUAGGUUCUAUUCUUGGAGCAUUAGGUGGUGGUGGAGAUAGUAGAGCACCAGCGCAACCACCGAGUCAACCAACUGAUCCCUUAAAGGGAGCCAUAGGAUCCAUUCUUGGUGGUGUUUUGGGAGGUGGUGGAAAUCAACAGCCAUCCUAUCAACCUUCAGGAAAUUAUGGAAAUUAUCAACCUUCUGGUGGUUACACUAACCCUCAAUCGAAUUCCAGUUCAGAUCUUUUAUCAGGAAUAGGCUCAGCGAUUGGUUCUUCCCUGCUUAGUUCUGCUUUCGACAGUUUUGGCAAGCAUGGCAAAGAGAAGGAUAAUCGUGCGACACCUCCGCAGACCUAUGUACCAGCUCCUUCGCCAUCUGUACCGACUCCUCCACAUGAUAGCUCUUCCACUCCAGGACAAAAGUUAUCUGCAGAUGAAAUCUCAAAAGGCCUGGGCCUGGAUGAUUAACGUAAAUUAGGAUAUAAAUACAUGUUAAAAUAUAUACAAUAGCCUUAUGCUCUCUAAUUAAUUUAUGCUAUAAAUUUAACUGAUCUAAUACAAAUAUAUACAUAUUUUUGAUGCUGUUAAAGACAUAAAAGGCAGUUAAUUGUAUUUUUAUUAAAAAAUAUUUUGUUAAACAGAGUCGGAAAGCUUAACAAAAACAGUUCCAAUUGCAUACUAAACAAUUAAUGUAUUCAAUAUGUUCGGUUUAAGGGUAUACACUAUAUAUACUACUGUGGUAUAAUUUUUGAAAAUGAGAAAAAAUGUUUCAUAUAAAAGCUAGUUCACUUGAUGGUUCUCUUUCAUAACAAAUGAUAUUAUCUCUGAAUACUCUAUAGUGUUUAACACGUCAGCUAUUUCCGAUAAAAACAAGAAAGUAUUAGUAAAUUGUUACAAGAAGUUAUAUUCAUAUGCUUCUAGGAAUUUGGGCUGUAACCGAGCCAAUAAAUAUGAAUGAAUGACACAUCGAACUUGGCAUUCCUUCCUAAGAUUUAUACAAAUAACAACAUAAAUCGUUGUUCAAAUAUACUCACUAUACAUAUCGUUGAAAUGCGUAGCAAAAUGGCACUAAAGGAAAUAUAUAAUUCCACUUAAAAAAUUACAUUGAUAUUAAUAUAUUUGUAAACAAUAAUUAAAAAAGAAGUUGAGAUCUUUUAUUAUAUUUCUCUCAAAUAAAGAGAGUGUGUUAAUAUUUUAUAUAGUUUGUUAAUAACUAAAGAGUUUGUUUAUAUUUUAAUAACUAAAGAAAUAAUAGCGCGUAUACAUUUAAACCGAACAUAUUGUACGUAUAUAUAUUACCGAUAAAGUGUAAAUUAUAAUGGUUUAAAACUACUAUUUAGUAGUUUACUGCUAAUUUAGUGGUAGAAUAAAGGGUUGCAAGUACAUAGUAUAACUAAUAAAAUUUUAUUAACGCAAAUAUUAUUACCACAUUUUACACAGUAUCAGUAAUAUAUGUAUGUAAUGUUGCUUUUAUUGAAUGACAUGUUUAGUAAACAUUACAAAUAAAAUUUGUAAUGUAACGGCUCUAAUAUAUAAUUGUAAGCUUUGUACCUGAAGAUGUUGGCAGCUUUAAAUAUAGGGUGUCUCAAGAAGAUUGUAUAGAAACUGCAAUUGUCCAGUCUGUUACUAUAUUGUAAUUUGUAAUUUAAUUUUCAAGAUACAAAUGUCUGAAUAUUUAACACUAGCCUCUCUUGCGCUCCCUUGUAUUUUCACAGACCAGACAGCAGCAAAAAUUUUUAAUUUUUUUAUUACAUACAACAAAUCUGCAGUUGGCUUCUACAACUUCAUUGAGACAUAUGUGUAUUAACAAAUGGAUAAAUGCACCAAAAUAGAGUAUAUUUUACUGUUUCUUGUGUUUUUGUAUUAUACAAGAAAUAUAUAUGCAUACACACAGAAAGAGUACAAAAUUUAUUUAUUAAUCCUUGGUAAACAAACUGGUAAAACAGUAACGUUAACAUCACCGCAUGAAUAACUUUAAACUUGAGACGUAUGGGCACAAAAAUACUCAUUGGGCAACUGAUUUGGGGUGCUUAUUUGAGGGAUUAAUUCUACUAGCACUAUUACUAUUGUUAUUACUCUAACUUACUUUAUAGAAUAAUAAUCUUACAAUAUUUUAAACAAUUAUACUGUGUCACAUAGCGUUAACUCUGUAUCUGAAAAUUAAACUUACCAAAGUCCAAUUGUAUUCUUUUUAUUAUGUAAUAAAAUUUUAUGUAAGAAAUGUGUAGAUAAUUUUGUUAUCAAAAAUGGACUUGAAUUAGUCUAACUUUCAGGUGUAGAGGUAUUCCUUUACAUUUUUACAUAAUAAGCAGGGGAAGUACUGUGUCACUUUAAUUUUUACCCGCUAUAGUAAUUGCAGAAUUAUUGCAGCGACAGUGCUGCCAGUUAUAAUAGAGCGGUAGAAGCUGUCGGUGUUCAGAAUAUGAGUACCACUGCUAUUUCGUACAUUUCACCCAUUUCUAAAUUGAAAACAGAAUUGAACCGUUUUCUUUGAUACUUUUCCUAGGAAAAACUACUCGAUCACUAUACAGAGCUAAGAGAAGAAUACAGUUUGCAGUUACGAGUGCAAGCAGAUACAUGUACAAAAAACGCCUAAGGAUCCAAAUAUGUGUUGAACAGUGUAAUCAAAGAUAUAUGUAUACAACCAUUUUUUAUUACUAAAUAAAACUUAUUUUGAAACCGUA